AUGGACAAGAGUAAUCACGUACGAUUGAGUUAUUACUUGUAACCGGCCCUGGGAUUGUUAGUUUUAAUUCUCACUUAGUUCUAAUCUUGUCUAUAUAUAUAUGCAUAUGUGAUUCGCCUCUCUACAUAUUUUCGUGAUGGAUUCCAAAUAUAAUGAAUAUGUUCAAUUGGCCAUGAAUGGUGGCAAUGGACCUCUCAGCUAUGUCAAAAACUCAUCCUACCAGGGAGGAAUAUUGGAACCUACGAAGGCAAUCAUCGAAGAAGAAAUCGCCACAAAAUUGGAGAUUCCAACUUCAACCAAGCACUUCUGCACUGCCGAUUUCGGGUGCUCAACCGGCAGCAACUCUUUUCCGGCCAUGCAUACGAUCAUCGAAGCCGUCAAACGCAAAUACGAAACCUCAAACCUCAAAACCCCCGAAUUCUACGUUUGCUUCAACGACGUUGUCUCCAACGACUUCAACACCCUCUUCCGUUCCCUCCCAUCCGACAGGAGCUAUGAGGUAGCUGCAAUAGCCGGAGACUUCCAUGGCCGCCUUCUCCCGCCAUCUUCUGUCCACUUCGCGUACUCUUCUUGGGCGAUCCACUGGCUGACGGAGGUGCCCAAGGCAGCCGAGGGCCUCAAGUCUCCGGCUUGGAGCGGAAGAGAGAGAGAGGAGGUUUAUGAAGCUUAUUUGAAUCAAUUUGAGAGGGAUUUGGAGUCAUUCUUGAAGUGUAGGGCUGCGGAAAUGGUGAAAGGUGGGAUUAUGGCUCUUCUAGUUCCCGGAGUGCCCGACUUUUGGGACCCACAAAAGGAGUCUACCGUUGUAUCGCGUGUUGAACUUCUCAGAUCUUCCCUUGUCGACAUGGUCGAAAAGGGAAGAUUGAGUGAGGCAAAGUCAAGGACAUUCAACCUUCCAUACUACUUUCCCACUGCAGAGGAGUUGAGGGCUAUACUGCAAAAGAGCAAUAGUUUCAGCAUAGAAAGAAUGGAGAUUAUGAAGAGUGGGACAUUCCUCAAUGUUGAUGGCCACGUGGCAUGUCUUAGGGCGGUUCAUCAAAAUAUGCUUACAAAUAAGUUUGGAGCUGAAACCGUCGAUGAAACGUUCAACCUUUUGAAGAAGAAAUUCCAUGCUUCACCAGUAUACGCAGAUCCUUCUAAAGAUAGAACUAUUAUGGUUGUUGUUAUCCUCAAGCAUAAAAAUGUGCAGUAAUUAAUUGUCAAUGGUAUAAGACUUCAAUAAAUUCUACUCCUUUCAUCCCA